AUGGCCCCACAAAAGCAGUCAAAACCUGAUGCUGCCACCGCACAGUGGAGGGAAAACCACAAGGCCAGAAUGCAGGCCCAACUUGAAAAUGUUGUCAUAGCAAAUACAGCUGACAACAUAGAGUCAGAUGAGCCCAUGACUCGAGUAGCCAAAACUGCAGCACUAACCAGACCUGAUCACCCUAUGAAACACACUGUCUGUGUGACAGAACUUGAAGCCCAGAAAUCAUUGAAUGAGGGCAAAGUCCAACCAUUGGGACCACUGCAUCAGUGUGAAGUAAAGAAAGUCAAGUUAACGCCUAAGCUAAGCAGGGCUCAUCCUGCACCAAAUCCACUCCAAGUCAGCAAUUUGAACAAGCACCCACUCAGUACUCCCAAGGCCAGGGAUGACACUACCAAAUCAGACCUUGGAGACUUAGCUGAAGAUGGUGAAGACUGUGAUGGACAAAAUAGCCUAGACAGUGAUGAUGAGGACAGAGAAUUUGCAGACCUCACUGUUGAAAAUUUUCACCAAGAAGUUUUGAGCCAGAAGAUAAGCAAGACUCAAUGGGGCUCCACAAAGCACAGCAUGCUAAUAAAAUUGUACAUACAACUUACAAUUGUGAUAUCACUUGUCAUACUCACCCAGCACAAGUUAACGUUCAAGAGUCAGAGUACACAACAAGAGAAGAAACUCCAGGAUGAGAUGCCACACUUUGCUGAUGAUGCAGAGCAGAAGCCCCCUACUGAAGCUGAGGCAAAUUCAGGUGCCUCAGAUACUUCAGAGAAGAUCUGCAAAGUUGUCCGUGGAAGUUAUGAACAAGGGCAGUGCAUGUUUGCAUUCAGUUUGGAGGAUGAUACUGAUCUCACCAUUGACAAUGUCUUUGAUAUGACUACCACAUUUGCAACUCAUGGUACCAACACACUGGGCUUUGAAGCUCUUGUUGAGUCAGCUGAUCAUGAAGGUUAUACUGGUAAAAACAAUAUGGCUGAAUGCCUUCUUAGUGACUUGUGGGCUCAAUAUGCACAGCUGCUUGUAGAUUAUACUACACACCACAUUCACCUCUGCCACACUCAAUUUAAGAAGGCAGUUGGCGUCAUUGUCAUGAGUGUCCUCGAUCUCACAACAAAUUCAGCAGCUCAGAACUCAACACUGUAG